AUGAAUUAUAAGAAUGGUUUGCCUAUUAUAAAUAUACCAUUGCCUUCAAGAAAAAUUUUUUGUUGCUUUUUUCUAAAACCAAUAAACGAAAAUGUAAAUGAUUUUUGUCGAAAUAUUGCCAGCGAGGAUAAAGGAAUUGACUUUCUUGCUUUAUAUACAUUAGGAAAUCGUAUCGCUGGAAGCACAUCAAUCGAAAAUCUCAUUCUUUUGGGUGAUUUUAAAAUCCGCAUCAAUGAUGAAUUUUACGUUGUUCGUGUACCAUCAAUAUAUGAGAAUGAUUUAACUUCGGUAAAAAUCAACGAUAAAUUGCAAUGCAUUGAUGAUCUUCGAGCGAUGAUUGCUUCACUUCAUGCAUCGUUGAAUAUAAACGAAUUUAAAUUGGAACGUGAGCGAAUUUUAUUACAAAAAUUAGAAGAAAUUAAUGAUGAAUUAAAAAUUUUGGAAAAGGUGAAAUUGGAAAUUGAAAUCGAAUGUAAGGCACAUUCUGAACGGAUUAUGUGGACGGCGCUAAUUUUUAUGUGUUUGCAAGCGGGGUUUUUCGCUCGUUUAACAUGGUGGGAAUAUAGUUGGGAUAUAAUGGAACCUAUCACAUAUUUUGCCACAUUUGCUACUGCUAUUGCUUCUUUUGCUUAUUAUCUUUAUACUAAACAGUCGUCCGAAAUUUCCGAUAUGAAAAAUCGCUACUAUAUAAUUCGGUUUCACAAGUUAGCUGUAAAAAAGAAUUUUGAUAUCGUCAAGUACUAUUCUAGUUUAAAUUUAUUUUAUUUUUUGAUUAAAAAAAAUUUAUUUGAAAACUUGAAAAUCAUUUUUUGUCGGGAUCCUAAGAUUUGGUUAUUAUCUUAUCUUUUAUCUUAUAGUUACAUUGCAGACGCUGAACUGCAUAUUACUUAUAGAUAA